UACUACAUCAUGGGAGUUUAGUUAGUCCAUUUAUGAUUGUGAUUCCAAUGACUUUCAAAUAUGAUUAUAACUUUUAUCAUAAACGAAUUAAAUCCCCCUUUAAAUACACUUUUGUGAAUAAUAUGCACAGUCACGUCACAUCAACAACACUGCACUGACUAUGCUCGAACCGGUGCCAUUUGGUGGUCAAUCAUAUACCGGUACGGUACGGCGUACGGUAUACGGUACGGUAGUUCUGAUAUCGCGAUCGCGAUGUGACUGCAGCCAUAACACUGGAUCAAGCUAUCCUCCGAUGAAGGGUCAAUAACAGGAGCCAAACCUUUAUUCAAUAAUUCAAGAGUGCGGCUUCUGUUAGUGUUAGAAUCAUGGAUUAUCGCAGAUCAGCAGCCCUUUUGUCCGUGGUUGUUAUUUUGACACUGUCUGUCCUUGAAUUCCUACCGAUACUUCAAUCCUCAGAUGACUUACGUGAUGUAAGGAGUGUAGGUAAAGGGAACUCAUCCCAAGCUGAUGUUCAAUCCUUCUCAGCUCUGGACUAUGUCAUCUUUUCAGCUAUGCUACUUGUUUCCACUGCUACUGGCUUGUAUCAUGCAUUUUCUGGUGGCGGACAAAAAACUACAGCAAAGUUCUUGAUGGCCGAUCGCAGCAUGUACAGCAUCCCUGUGGCAAUCAGUGUACUAGCAUCCUACGUCUCAGCCAUCACCAUUCUAGGUAUCCCAGCAGAGAUCUUUAUCUAUGGAAUACAAUAUUGGAUGGUUAUCUUUAGUUUCUUCAUCACCAUUCCUGUCACUGCCUUGGUCUUCAUACCAGUAUUUCAUGGUCUAGGUGUCACCAGUGCAUAUGAGUAUCUUCAUAAAAGAUUCAGUAUGUCUGUCAGGAUUGGAUGUGCUCUUCUAUUCAUUCUUCAGACAUUAUUUUACAUGGCUAUUGUUCUGUAUGCUCCAGCACUGGCAAUCAAUGCAGUGACCAAGUUUCCCAUACCAGCUACAGUACUAUUGACAGGUGUAUUAUGUUCCAUUUAUACUGCUCUGGGAGGUAUUAAAGCAGUGAUUUGGACUGAUGUGUUCCAGUUCUUGAUCUUGUUUGGUUCCUUAUUGACUGUGGUAAUAUUAGGGACCAUUCAAGCUGGUGGGAUGGUCUAUGUAUGGAACUACAACAAAGAUAAGGGCCAUCUUAACUUCUUUGAACCAUCAGCUAGUUUGACCCAACGAGAAACCUUCUGGGGUCUUUUGAUUGGUGGUGCAUUCAAUAGCCUUCCUCUAUGGGCUGUAAGCCAGACUGCUGUACAAAGAUUCCUUACCUCAAAGACACUCAAAGAAGCUAAAAGAUCAGUGUGGUAUGGAUUACCAGGGAAUAUCAUAAUGAUUACAAUCGUUGCUCUGUGUGGAUUAGUUCUAUUUGCAUAUUACAAUGAUGGUAUGACACACCUACAGCCAGCGAUUAAUCACACUUAUCCAAAUGGUAGUGAUGGUCAUCCAGUACACUAUACUCCAAAGUAUUCUACUCCAGAUCAGAUAUUAAUCUACUUCGUGAGCAUAGAGUUUGGUCAUAUUCCUGGUAUGCAGGGCCUCUUUGUAGCCUGCUUAUUUGCUGGCACUUUAAGUACUAUAGCAUCUGGUUUGAAUGCCUUGGCUGCUGUAACUCUGAUUGAUAUAAUCAAACCAUGGAGACAUUUUAGGACAGGUCAGGUUGAAUCAGUUGGAAUAGGAACGGCUGUUAAUAAUCCUUCACAAGAUUUUAAAGACACAGUUCUAUCAAAAGUACUAACUUUUGUAUAUGGAGUUGGUGCUAUUGGUCUUGCGUUUGUUGCCAGUAAGAUGGGUUCACUAGUUCAGAUGGCUAACACUGUACUGGGAGCAUUAGGAGGACCAAUCCUAGGCGUGUUUACAUUAGGAGUUCUUUAUAAAAGAUGUAAUACAGGUGGAGCAUUGCUUGGUAUGUUAGUAGGAACAUAUUUGAGUCUUUGGAUUACAAUAGGAGCAUUGACUCAUCAGGGUGAUAAUGGUUAUAUCCAAGAAGAUGCAUUCUGGUUAUAUAGGGUGUCUUUCUUAUGGUAUAGCAUGUUUGCAACAACUAGUACCUUUGUUGUUGGUGUUAUUGUAAGUGAAAUCAUUCGUCUAGCCAUCGUUGAUGAAAGGUAUAAGAGAGUGGAUCCAUUGUUACUAGCAACAUUUCUAAGACCCAAAGGAUGGCACAAGAGUAUAUCAGCUACAGAGAGCCAUGAUCCUGGUGUUCGUAUUGGUGAUACUAUCAUCACUCGUCUUAAUGAUGAUGAUAUCGUAGUGGACGAAGAAGAGCCUCUUAUUGAUAGCAUGGAUGAUCAAAAUGUACAUGAAAUGGAAAACGUUGGUGAUAACAUGUGAAUAUAUUUUUGCUAUUUCUAUUCUGUUUAUGUUGCUUUUUAUAACGGGUAGAGUGAUGGCAAAGUCAAAGCCCAUAUCCUUUAUUUGAGGAUAUAUAUGAGUAUGGCAAGCUUGAUGUAUAACCAUGAUGUGUUUUGUUUAUAAAACAGACACAUUACGAGGCAGUGAUCUUUGGCAAGGUAAAUUUUCACCACGUUAUUGGUUGCAUAGAGAUUUAUAAAAAAACAAUAUUUCAAACCAGAAUAUUAUGUGGGCAUUCUCAUGAGUGAAGGUACCUCCCGAAACCAAGUUUAAUAUGCUUGAUUAUGGGAAAUGUCAGCCAACAAUGCUUGAUAAUCUGUCUUGGUUGCUUGAUUGGCCUUAAAGAAGUGUAUUACAAUCAUAUAACUUUAUUGCUAGUGAGCCAACAUAACCAAGAUUGCUGACUGAAACUCAUCAAGUUUAGUGACAAGUUUAAAACAAGUGCUUGAUAAUUAUUCUCUGAGCAAAGUGGUACAUCUCACAUAGUGAAAUUGUGGAAAUUUCAUAAUUUGCUUUGAAUCUUGAAGUUCUAAGUAACUUAACCAAGGGAUCCUCUUUUGUUGAUGGUUUUGGCAUAUAACCAUAUUCUAACUUAAGAAAUCUAGACUGUUAAAAGCCUUAACCUCAUGGUCUCUUUACACACUGGCUGAAGUUUAUAAACUGAAAUGUAUGAAAUUAAAAUAAAAAAUUCUGACAUGUACUAUUAUCUUUCAUCAAUUUUUUCCCAAGAAAUUCCUUUUGUACAGAAGAGUGAAGUAAUCAUAAUAAUGUUCUAUUUUUAAAAUCUCUUUUAAGCACUUUAUAACGAUACAUUAGAAAAACAUCUCUAUGUUGUGGAUAAUAUUUCUUGUAAUUAUGAAACAAAAGUAAAUUAUUUACUAGUCUUCAGGAUUCCAUCGAGGUUAGUUGACGUCAGACAUGAAAAACAAGAAAGUACUACCACAUUCAUCUUAGGCUACUGUCCACUUUAGGACAUCAGCUAGCUGUUUGACUAAGUAUGAUGUCUCAUUUGAAAGUAUAUUUGGAUUGCUUAUAUAUGUGUUAUUGUAUAAAUAUUACUGAAAUACUGCCCUUUUAUUUUACAUGCAUAUAGGACUUGACAUUCCUUUGCCCCCCCCCCAAAAAAAAAUAGAUAAAAUCUACUUUGUCAUUCAUAUUAUGAUUCAUAGUAUUUAAUAAUGAUGAUGAUGUUGAUGAAGAAGAUGAAAAUCAAUUAAUAAUAAUAAUGAAAAUAAUGAUGUAUGUGACAGUUUGAUCAUCCAGUGGAAUCAAAAGAUAAGUUAAUUGCUUUGUUUGAUAUCGGAAAUAACUUAUAAAUAAUAUUAUUACUUGCUUAUAUAGCACUCAAUACCUGUUUAUAGGAAUGCUCUUUGUGCUCUUCUAUGAUGGAACAUAAUUACCAGAGUGUAUAUUUCUUAACCAGACAGACUUUGAGGCACACUGGAGAAUGCUUUCUAUCAACAUAAUACACAGCACAAUGCAUUGUCAUUUCAUGCAUACCCCAGAUAUUGAUUAAUGAUGUGACUUUAUAUGAAACAAGGAUAUUAACGGAUGGAGAGAUAACACAAACAUAAUUACCAGAGUGUAUAUUUCUCAAUUAUCAGAGUGUAUGUAUAUUUCUCUAUCAGACAGACUUUGAGGCACACUGGAGAAUGCUUUCUCUCAACAUAAUACACAGCGCAAUGCACUGUCAUUUCAUGCAUACACCAGAUAUUGAUUAAUGAUGUGAGUUUAUAUGAAACAAGGAUAUUAACAGACGGAGAGAUAAAACAAGAUGAUUAAUUGCUCGAAUUUAAAUUGAUGUCAUUCGUUCAGUUGUACAGUUAGUUUCUUAGUCUGGAAUACAACAACUACAUGUACAUUACAUCUAACCAAAGUAUUACAAUUUUAAUAAACAGAUAUUAUGACAUGAAAUUAUUAUUGACAUACAGACUGAAGAAAUAUGAUUUCAGAAUGCUGAAAGAUUAUAUGAAUAUCUGGAAUUUUUAUAUUCAGUACUUAUUUUGUCCUAGAUAUGUACAUGGAGAAAGAGGGGGGGGGGGUUUAAUUUCAAUUAUUACUUAAAUCACACCUAAAUUCCCAGUUUACCUCCACAUUGGUCACAUCAUGCUCAUGUGACACGCUCAAUUGUGUACCUUGGCCCUUGAAGUAUGAUUUGUAAGCCUGACCAAACUCUUUAUUAAACACCCCUACUUUAUGCAGUCGGAUGUAUCAUGUAUUUAUUUAUAUUAAUGAAAUCCAGGAUCUAAAUUACAAAUUGAAAGGGGCAAGGCCAUUCUUUUCUUAAAACUUUAAGGAAAGGGGAGACAUUGCUCACUUUAGUGCGCAUUGAAGGCCGUUGAAAAGGGCAUCAGUAGUAAAAUGUACUUUUCAGUAAUAAAACUCUAUUAUUUAUCAAUCAUAAAUAUGGACUCCUGUGACACAUUCACUGGAUUACCACAGG